AUGGAAACCUAUGACGUUAUUGUCAAUCAGCCAGUUGUCAUAGACAAUGGAUCAGGUGCAAUUAAAGCUGGAUUUGCCGGGGAACAAACCCCAAAAUGUUGUUUUCCAAAUUAUAUUGGACGGCCAAAGCAUGUUAGAGUAAUGGCUGGUGCUUUAGAAGGAGAUACAUUUAUUGGACCGAAAGCUGAAGAACAUCGUGGUUUGCUAUAUAUCAAAUAUCCUAUAGAACACGGUAUUGUAACUGAUUGGAAUGACAUGGAAAGAAUAUGGCAAUAUAUAUAUGGUAGUGAUCAACUUCAAACAUUUUCUGAAGAACAUCCUGUACUGUUAACUGAAGCCCCUCUGAAUCCACGACGAAAUCGUGAAAAAGCUGCAGAAAUAUUUUUUGAAACUUUCAACGUUCCUGCAUUUUAUGUGUCUAUUCAGGCAGUUCUUAGUUUAUACGCUACUGGUCGCACUACUGGAGUUGUUUUAGAUUCUGGUGAUGGAAUUACUCACACUGUUCCGAUUUAUGAAGGUUUUGCCAUGAAGCACGGUAUUAUACGAUUAGAUUUAGCUGGCCGGGAUAUAUCACGAUAUCUUAAGUUAUUACUAAGAAAAGAAGGUUUAAAUUUUUCUACAUCUGCAGAAUUUGAAGUAGUUAGAGCAAUUAAAGAAAAAGCUUGUUAUGUAGCUCUAAGUCCAGUUAAAGAAGAAUCAUCUGAUAGUAAUAUAUAUCAAUAUAUGCUACCUGACGGAAACAAAGUUGAUAUUGGCCCAGCUCGUUUCCGUGCUCCAGAAGUGUUAUUCCAUCCAGAUUUAAUUGGUGAAGAAUGUGAAGGAUUACAUGAAGCAUUAGUAUAUUCAAUACAAAAAUCUGAUUUAGAUGUACGAAAAAAAUUAUAUCAAAGUAUUGUACUAGCUGGAGGAUCAACUCUAUUAUCUGGAUUUGGUGAUAGAUUAUUAUCAGAAAUUAAGAAACUAGCACCUAAAAAUAUGAAAUUAAAGAUUUUGGCGCCUCAGGAACGUCUGUACACGACGUGGAUCGGAGGUUCCAUUCUGGCGUCGUUGGGCACAUUCCGCCGGAUGUGGGUGUCAAAACGAGAAUUUUUCGAAGAAGGCUCAAGGGUGAUACACAGAAAAACGAUGUAA